CGCCUGGGCCGCGCGUGGGGCCGUGCUGUCGGCGCCCCUUGUACCUCUGCCCACCGAGGGGCCUCCGAGGGGCUGGCUGGGAGGCGGUGCGCGGGCCCCGGGAGGAAGCCGAGGCGGAGGCGGGGGCGGGGGCGGGGCGUACACGUACGUGACUCGGUGAGAACAGUUCUUGGAGCCGCGCCCAGCACCGUGUGUGCGCGGUUUGUUUACGUCCCCCGGUGGCGUGCCUGCGUGUGUGUUCUCUAGGGAGCGUCCUGGGUCCUGCGGGCUGAGUGCGCCCGGUUUACCUCGGGGUGUGUGUGUUUGUCUUUGGCUGCACGCGCACCCUGGAUACUGACACUAGCCCGGUGUACCUUGAAGUGAGUGUCACACCGGUGUCCGCUGGAGCAAAUGCGGAAUAAGAACCCGAGUGAAGGAAGUGGCCCAGUCGAUGGUAAUACCAGGCCUCCAGCCCAGAGGGCACCUUCUGCAAAAAUGUCGGUGGAUCCCUUAUCCAGCAAAGCCCUGAAGGUGAAGCGCGAGCUGAGCGAGAACACGCCGCACCUCUCGGAUGAGGCGCUGAUGGGGUUGUCGGUGCGCGAGCUGAACCGGAACCUGCGCGGUCUGUCGGCAGAGGAGGUGACACGGCUGAAGCAGCGGCGUCGCACACUCAAGAACCGCGGCUAUGCGGCCAGCUGCCGUGUGAAGCGAGUGUGCCAGAAGGAGGAGCUGCAGAAGCAGAAGUCCGAGCUGGAGCGUGAGGUGGACAAGCUGGCGCGCGAGAACGCCGCCAUGCGCCUGGAGCUCGACGCGCUGCGCGGCAAGUGUGAGGCGCUGCAGGGCUUCGCCCGCUCGGUGGCCGCCGCCCGUGGGCCCCCGGCACUGGUGGCACCCGCUAGCGUCAUCACCAUCGUCAAAUCGGUGCCAGGCCCUGCCCCCGCUCCUGACCCUGCCCCCUGCUCUUAGUACCCACCCCUUCCCCUCUUACCCCCCCCC